GGAGAUUGAAAUGAUUAAAAAAACAAUCAUUUCAGUCUCCCCCGAGAGAACACACAUUUCCACAUUUGGUGACAGAGCAUGGCUGAUGAUAAGAUGUGAAUAGAAUAAAGUGAGAGCUGGUGUAAGAGAACUUUUAAAAAAGAUAAAAUUGACAGGAAUUGAUUGGAUGUAGGAUAAAGUAAAUAAAAGGCAAUUCAAAGGAAUCUUAAUGGCAACUUAUGAACAAAGCAAUUCCCUCACAAAGGCAACUUAUCCACUUCUUCUUUUCUUCAACCAUUAAUUUCUAUUUCUGUUUUGCGAGGAGACUUGUGAUCAGUACAAAGCUUAUAUUAUAAACCAGCUUUAAUUGGAAUUUGAUUGUAUCAUCUAAGAAAGGAGCUAAAGAUCAUCAUGUCGAACCGUCGACAAUAUUUCAAGGUAUGCUUUUGUUGCAAGUUCGUGUUCAGAUUGAACAUUGCUGAGCCACCUCAGGAUGUGAAGAUGUUAUUCGAGACAUACAAAGGACCGGAAGAAGAGGUUAUGGGGGCUGAUCAGCUGCAGCGGUUCUUGGUAGAGGUGCAAGGAGAAGAAGGAGCCACUAGAGAGGACGCUCAGGCUAUCAUCAACAGUGUUAGACAUCUCAACAUCAUCUUCCAUCACAAAGGGGGCAUGCGUCUUGAAUCCUUCUUUCGAUAUCUCUUGGGUGAUUACAAUCCUCCUCUAAAUCCUUCUCUUGGGGUUCAUCAUGAAAUGGAUGCUCCACUGUCUCACUAUUACCUAUUCACAGGACAUAACUCCUACUUGACUGGAAAUCAGCUCUACGGUAAAUGCAGUGUCAAGCCUAUCAUAAGGGCCCUUGAAAGAGGUGUAAGAGUCAUCGAACUCGAUCUGUGGCCCAAUUCAAGAAAUGACAAAGUCAUUGUUUGUCAUGGCGGGACACUGACAUCUCCGGUUGAUCUUAUAAAAUGUCUAAAAGCCAUCAAUGAACAUGCAUUUACUGCUUCUGAGUACCCUCUCGUCAUAACUUUCGAAGACCAUCUCACACCAAUUCUUCAAGCCAAAGUGGUGGACAUGGUUACUAAGACCUUUGGAGAUAAACUAUUUUGCCCUCAAGAUGAGCUUAAAGAACUUCCAUCCCCAUCAUCACUCAAAAGAAGAAUCAUCAUCUCAACUAAACCUCCAGAGUUCCGCGAAUCACAAGCAAAGGACAAACAUACUAAAACCAAUGAGAUGGUUAAAAUACAAGAGGAAUUGGAUGACCAAGACGAAGAACCACUUACCCAAGUUCCUCAAUAUAGACGUUUGAUUGCCAUUCAUGCAGGGAAGCCCAAAGGCGGAAAGCAGAACUUGUUUAGCGAGGAUCCCAACAUAGCCAGGCGUAUCAGUUUAAGCGAGCAAGACCUUAAAGACGCAGUGAAAGCAGAAGGACAAGAUAUUAUCAGGUUUACACAUAGGAAUUUAGUUAGAGUUUACCCAAAGGGUGUACGCGUAGACUCAUCUAACUACGAUCCCUUAGUGGCAUGGUCUCACGGAGCUCAAAUGGUUGCAUUCAACAUGCAGGGAUAUGGGAAAUAUCUUUGGAUCAUGCAAGGAAUGUUUAGAGCAAAUGGAGGGUGUGGGUAUGUGAAGAAACCGGAUUUCUUACUGAGAAACGAAGGUUUUGAUCCCGACAUGAGCAUGUCAAUGCCAAUUAAAUUAGAAUUCAAGGUCAAACUAUACAUGGGAGAAGGUUGGCACUUGGAUUUUCAUCGUACACAUUUCGAUCUGUAUUCCCCUCCCGACUUCUUCACCAAGAUUGGGAUUGUUGGACUAGAGGGUGACAAAGAAAUGAAGAGAACAAAAACAAUAAACAAUAGCUGGAUUCCAAUGUGGAAUGAAGAUUUCGAGUUCGUUUUAAAAGUUCCAGAAUUGGCGUUGCUUCGGGUUGGAGUUUUUGACUACGACCCUUCGGGUAAAAAUGAUUUUGGGGGUCAGACAUGUUUGCCCCUAUUAGAGAUAAGACCUGGAUAUAGGUCAGUUCCAUUGUAUGAUGAGAAGGGAGAGCAAUACAAACAUGUCAAACUUCUCAUGCAUUUCAGCUUCAACUGGGUAUAAGAGCACUUUUAUUUGUGUGUUGUGUGUAAGUGUGUUGAGGCUCAGUCUUUUUAAAUCAAUAACAUUUGUAAAUUUUCUUGCCUUA